AUGGCCAACGUGACAAAACUCACUGCCUCCAACUACCUUAUGUGGAGCCGUCAAGUCCACGCUCUUCUCGAUGGAUAUGAUCUGGUUCCAUUUCUCGACUCUGCCAUCACCAAACCGGAUCCCACAAUCACCAAGAAUGGGAUUACCUCUGCUAACUCAGCCUUAACCGUGUGGAAACGCCAGGACAAGCUGAUCUACAACGCUCUUCUUGGUGCCAUCUCCAUCUCUGUCCAACCGAUUCUCUCUCGAGCUUUCACGGCUGCUGAAAUCUGGGAUACCUUGGUAACCACCUAUGCCAACCCAAGCAAGAGUCACGUUCGUCAACUCGAGCACCAACUUGAUGGCUGGAAGAAAGAAUCUCGUACUAUUGCUGAUUAUUUCCAAGGACUUACCAUCAAGUUUUAUCAACUUUCUCUUCUGGGAAAACCUGAAACCUAUGAAGAUCAGAUUGAUUACAUCCUCGGUGGUCUUCUGGAGGACUACAAACCCAUCAUAGAUAAGACUGAAGCUCACGAUACUCCCCCCCUCAUUCCUGGAACUCCAUGA